UAGGGUAUUAGCUCGCUACGAAUGUGAUGAUCUCACGCUAAGUGGAAUAAGCCAGUGACAAGCUAUAGAGAAGCCGCGGUAUAUCUCCCGCCUGGUGCUGAUAAUUCAGUCGGAACAACAGACCAGACAUUGUAGAUCCCCGUUCACGCUGUAUGGCUUUCUGGUCUGGAUGCGGGUAUGCGGGACGCUCGAUGCACACCGUAUCUGGAGGCAUAUAAACCUUCGAACAACCUCUGGAAUCCAUCCAUUCCUCUCUCGACUCAAGGACUCGAACUACCAUUGUACCUCGAUCAAAAUCUCAAUCAGACAGACACCAUGGUUCAAGUCAUCCUCGCUUUCGCCUUCGCCCUCGGCGCAACCGCUUCACCCCUCAUCACACCAGCCCCUGUCGCCGUCGUCAAGGCUCCCAACGAGGUCCGCGUCCCACAGGCCUCAUACACCAGCGAGCCCUUCCAAUUCCAGCUCCUCCCCAUCGAGGGCAAGAACUCCGCCGGUGUCGACCAAGUCGGAGGCGAGGGCUUCAUCAACCUGGGACCCGGUCACGGUGAGCUCGCGGGUGUGCUUCAGAGCAGUGCUGGAGGACAGGGCGCUGCGGGCCAUCUUGCCGGCAACAUUGGCGACAUUGCGCAGGGCACGGCCGGGGGUUAUAUCAACCAAGGCGGUGCGGAGGGCUGCAUUGGGGGCCAUCUCGGACCCGUUGGAGCUACGCUUUGUGCUCCCAACCCUGCCCCUACCGAUGCCCCGGGACACAUCGACUUCAACCCUGCUCCCGGGAGUCCGAAUGCGGGAAGAAAAUAAUGCGCAUUCAAGACACGAUGACAUGAUUGCAUGACUGAAGGAAAGGGUAAAGGGAUAUUCAUUGUACAUAUUUCACCGAUAGGAGGCACGCUAUACA